AGGAGGAGAAGGGGGGUAGAGGGCCGAGCCGAGUGAAAAAUUACACAUAUCGGCUCCUCGGAGUUCUCUGAGAUAAACUUUUCUCUAGGUGUUGUUUUUCAUCGUCCUGCUUCGUGUGAGUUGACCUUGCCUGGAGUAGGUCUGUGGGAAGCUUGGUCCCGCACAAAGGAAAGAGACGACCUUCUUCCCAGCUCCCCGACAGGGAAGGUUUUGCUUCAACUUCCUGCUUCAGCACAGUCGGACAGGAUGGCGGUCACCCCUCGACGCGUUCGCCUCAAGCCGUGGCUGGUUGCCCAGGUGGACAGUGGACGGUACCCGGGUCUGGUUUGGCUCGACAGGGAGGGCAUGCGCUUCCGCAUCCCCUGGAAACACGCCACCAGACACACGCCUCAACACGAGGAUGAGGACACCAUAUUUAAGGCGUGGGCUGUGGAAACCGGGAAGUUUCAGGAGGGAGUUGAUGAACCUGAUCCUGCCAAGUGGAAAGCCCAACUUCGAUGCGCCCUGAACAAAAGCCGGGAAUUUAAACUCAUCUAUGAUGGCACCAAGGAAACCCCCAUAAAUCCUGAAAAGAUAUACGACGUCUGCGACAUCCCGCAGUCUACCAGUAACCAAACUCCUUCGGAUGCAGGAUCUCAGACUCCGUAUGAUGAGGAUUGUGGAGAGGAAGAUAUUCCAGACACACCAGAGUCUCUUCCUCCAUAUCCAUCCAAUGGAACCAGUCCUUCUCCACUCAUUAUGUGGUCUCCAGUGGGGUCAGAUUCAUCCAUGCAGCCUCCCAGCUGUCCACCUUCGAACGAGGUCUGGCCCAAAGAGGAGCCUGGCAAAAUCUGGCCCAAAGAGGAGCCCACAGAUGUAGAGAUGCCCGCCACGAACCUGGAUGAACUGCCCCCUGCCCCUCUGCCUAACCCCAUCCUGCAGCCCCCUCCUCUUGCUGAAGCCUUCUUUGCCUCUCCAGAAAUGUGGAUCAGCUCCCUUCCAAUGACAGACCUAGAGGUCCAGUUUCUGUACAGAGGGAAGGAGAUGUGUCCCACCGUGACUGUGAGUAACCCGCAGGGCUGCAGGCUGUUCUACGGGGACCUCGGACCCAUGGUUAACCAGGAGGAGCUGUUCGGCCCCGUGAACCUGGCCCAGUUACGCUUCCCGACCACAGAGCACAUCACCAAUGACAAGCAGAGAAUCUUCACCAAUCGGCUGCUGGAUGUGAUGGAUCGAGGUCUGAUCCUGGAGGUCAGCGGCCAUGAUAUCUACGCAAUCCGCCUCUGCCAGUGUAAGGUGUACUGGUCUGGCCCCUGUGCUCCAAACCCGAAUGCGCCAAAUCUCAUAGAGCGGCAGAAGAAGGUCAAACUCUUUUGUCUGGAGUCGUUUCUCAGCGGUGUGGUAGCUCAACAGCGUGGCCAGACAACCGGCCCUCCUCAGUUUGAAAUCAACCUCUGCUUUGGGGAGGAGUGGCCAGAUGGAAGACCCAGGGAGCGAAAACUCAUCAUGGUCCAGGUCAUUCCUGUGGUGGCUCGAAUGAUAAGCGAGAUAUUUUCCGGGGAUAACAACCUUUCAUUUGACAGCAGCAGCGUCCGCCUGCAGAUUUCAAUUCCAGACAUAAAAGACAAUAUAGUGACCCACCUAAAGCAGUUGUACUGCCUAAUACAGAACCACCAAGGCCAGGAAGGGUGGGCUCUGCCCCCUAACUCAGGCCUGAACAUUGCCUAGGCUCUGCAGACUCAGUGAAACUGUGAACCAACUGUAACAUAUAAACAUCUCUAUAUUACUCACCAUUGCAUGGGUUUGCCCCUAUGUUAGCAAAGAAGUACUUAUGUGUAAUCCUGUUUAGAAGUGUGCACAAUAUACUGUAGGAUUUGUAUGCUUUUAAGCCUUUUUCUUGUUUGUAAAAUUUUGCUAUGCGGUAGUUCUUGAAAUGUAAAAUCCAUGCCCAAAAUCCUGCAUGAGUCUGUGGGCAGAAGCUACAGAUAAUUGGGGCAAAGUCCGUCUUGCUGCAGAGGAAUAGUUAUAGUUAAUCAGUUACAGAUAUCCAGUAUGUGAUCGCAUGACUUCCUGAGAGGCUGUCUGUUAUAAAAUGGAUCUUGUUGACUUUUCUAUCAUUUAACUUUACACAAUAUAGAAGAAUACAUCUAGCAAGAGAUUUCUGUGUAGUAAAUAAAAAUAAAUGUGAGUUAAUGCAGGCAUAAAAAUGGAUUCUUCUACAGUGCAUGCAUGAAUAUAUGAUCCAGUGACCCCUGCUGAGAUCCAAUAAUAUCAGCCUUUUAAAAAAAAGUUGAAACAUUUUCUUUUGUCACAUUUGAAUUUGAUCAGCUGCUCAUCUUCAGACAUUUUUUCUCCGUAUAAAAUAUUGAAUAUUUUUGUACUUGUACAUUUUGGUUUAGCUACAGAUUGUAUCCAGGCAAUAUUUUAACAACAUUCAGAUACAUUAUUCCUGUUUUGUUUCUGUUUAAUUUCUUUGCACUUUGGGUUGCUGAAAUGUUUUCUGGUUUGCUGAAUGUAUUUACCCUGUGAUUGCAUGUUUAUGUUAUCAAUAAAAAUGCCUUUGAACACCUUU